GGCAUCGAUGUUUCCAAAAUCUAAACCACAAUGGCGGCCCCCAUGGUUGAAGACGUGAUACGGUGAUGAUCUGUGUUAGUGUGUAGGAAAAAUAAAAUUUGAGUAAUGUUUGGGCAUUGACGGAAUCUGUGCAUUAAUAUGAGCAAUAGAAAGCGGACACCAUUCACUCUGAAGUGUAAGGCUAAAGAAGCCCCAGCACUGAAGAAGUAUCGAAGUGAUGUGUUAAAUUUCUCGAAAACUGUAGACGACUCAGAUAAACACCGAGCGCUGUUCAAAAAUGACAAGUCAUUCUCCAGAAAACAAAAACGGAAGGAGGAAAGGAAACUGAAAAAGGCCCGAAAACAUGCAUUUAAGUGUGGAAGACCGCUCCCCUCCAUGCAGACAUGGACAAAAUCGAAGCUAGACGAUGUAAAUUUUGACACUAAGAAAAAGUCAUUAAAGAAACUUAAAGAAAAGAAGAAGAAACAGAGGGCAAAAAUGAAAGCAAAUAAAAAGGAAAGAGAAAAAGUGGAGGUGACUAGCAGAAAGCAGCUAAUGCUUGAAGAUAAUAUAAAGGAAGACAAGAUGUUGAAACAGCUGGAGAAAAACCUUCGUCUCAACAAAAGGAAGAGCAAGAAUCUCCCACAAUCCUUUGUCAAUGAUGGACUGGACUAUUUGUUGGAUGCUCUGGACAACCCCCCCGAUGAAGAGAUGGAGGACAUGGAGGAUGAUGCAGGGUUAUCCAGUGAUGAAGAGGAAAUCGGGAAGAGAGGAAAUGAAGAUUCAGAGGAGGAAAUGGAUGAAGAUAAUUCAGAAGAAGAAAAUGAUGAUGAAGAGAAUGAUGAGAGUGUAAAUGAGGAAGAAGAUUUUUACUUUAGUGAUGAUGAUGAAGAAUCAGAUAGCAGUGAACAGAAUCAAUUGGCUGGUGUAACAUCAGAAAGAUCCGGUAAUGUUAAAUCAAUUCUGUCAAAAUCUGAUACAAAAGGACAAAAGAAACAGGUGACAUUUGAAAAAGCGACAGAAAGAAAUGUAAAGGAUGAAAACAAACUAAAAAGGGAAUCUGUGAAAAUGAAGAAGGAAUUAACUGUUGAUGAUGAUGAUGAUAAUGGCGAUGAUAUUAGUGAUGAUGAUGAUAAUGAUGAUAACAAGGAGUCUGAUGAGAGUGUAGAUGAGAAGGAUCAGGACUCGGAACUGACGGAAGACAUUUAUGGCAGACUUCGAGACAAGGAAGGAAACGUUGUGAAGAGUUCACCGCAGACAGGGAAGUAUGUUCCUCCAGGAAGGAAGCUUCAGACCAGUGAUGGAAAGAGGAAAUUCCAGUUAGAGAGAUUACAGAAGCAGCUGAAGGGACUUGUCAAUAGAGCAAGUGAAGCCAACAUGUCCCAGAUCUGCUCGCAGAUCGAGGCUGUUUACCGUAGCAACAGUAGGGCAGAGGUCACCGAGAUUCUGUCGGCCAUUGUGAUCGAUGCUUGCGUUUCUGUCACCAUGACACCAGAAAGACUUGCCAUGGAAAUGAUGAUGCUUAUUACCAUUCUCCAUGGAAACAUGGGGAUGGAAGUUGGUGCCUUAUUUCUUCAAACUGUGGCCCAGAAAUAUCAGUCAGUAUGUAACCAUGGAAACAGAUUGGAGGACAAGUCCCUUGACAACACGGUGAUGCUGUUUGCGUUUCUUUACACAUUCAAGGUUGUGGAUAGUGUUCUGAUUUUUGGAAUAAUGGAGGAUUUAGUGAAGUCAUUCCAAGAGAAAGAUAUUCAGAUUCUUCUUCUGCUUCUAAAGAAUGUUGGUUUCACUCUGAGAAAAGACAACCCAGGUGGUCUGAAGGAUGUUAUUUUGGAGAUUCAGACAGCGGCGAAGUCUCUGGGUGGGGAUCAGUCCUCUCAUGUCAAAUACAUGCUGGAGAUCAUCAUGGCAAUUAAAAACAACAACAUGAGGAAAAUUCCUAACUAUGAUCCAGAGCACCUGGAGCAUCUCAAGAAAGUGGCCAGAGGAAUUUUGAGAGGGAGCACACUUGGUGAAGGUCAGCUACACGUCACUCUAAAGGACCUGAUGAAUGCUGAGGAGAAGGGGAGGUGGUGGCUGGUCGGCUCAGCCUGGGAGGGGCCCACACAGGACCCUAAACCUGCAGUUGCGAUGGAGUCGGUGGUGGGGGAUGUCAGUUCCCAGCUGCUGGAGUUGGCACGGAAACAGAGAAUGAACACCGACAUCAGGAAGAACAUCUUCUGUGUCAUCAUGUCCAGUCAGGAUUACAUUGAUGCCUUUGAUAAGUUGCUUCGCCUGGGAUUGAAGAACCAACAGGAAAGGGAGAUAAUUCAUAUCAUUGUAGACCUGUGUCUACAAGAGAAGAACUAUAACCCCUUCUACACUUUACUGUUACAGAAGUUUUGUCUGUAUCACAGAAGAUUUCAGAUGUCCACCCAGUUUCUGAUGUGGGACAGAUUUAAAGAUAUGAAGAAAGUUUCUCAGAUACAGAGAGAUCACCUCAGCCAGCUUUUGUCUCAGUUACUGUCCUCCAAAGCCAUGUCACUGUCCGUUCUAAAGGUGGUAGAGUUUGGUACCCUGGAUGUGUACAUGCUGAGAUUCCUAAAACAUCUCAUUCAGAGUGUUCUCUUGGAUUAUCCGGAAGACGUUACCAGGGCGAUGUUCCAUCGGAUCGCCCCACUGUCCAAACUUCAGCACUUACACGAAGGACUGAAGCUGUUCAUGCAGCAUUUCUUAUUGAGGAAGAAAUCUAAGGAUGUGGUAGACACUCCCUUAUUAAAAGAACGUAUUGACAUGGUUGAUAAAAUUUUAUCUGCUAGUUCAUCUCAUUCACAUUCAGAAUUCGAUGACUGAUUAUAUAGGAAUUGUGUUCUAUGGUAAUAAAUUUAUAUCAUCUA